UUAAACAUGUCAGCUAAAGAAUAUGAAGCAGAGGAUGACUUGUUAGGAUCUAUUCUAAGAAGUAAUAUUUUAGUUACCUUAGAUGACGAUUACGAAGAAGUUUUUUCUAAUAAUAAUAGUCCUUUACGGAAAUAAGGCUUUGAAAGUGAUAGUGUGAUUGAGAAUGUAAUAAUUGAAUGAAAUUUUUAUAGGUUUCUACAUCUGAAAAACAUUAUUUCGAUAGUUUCAAUCGAUCCUUCGAGCAGAUGUCUUUGGGAUCUGAUCUGGCCUAAAGUCCGAUGUCUAAUCGAGUUCUUUAUCCUCAGUGUCCACCGAAUCAUCUCAAAUUCUCAAGAUAAGAGGAUAGGUAAAGUGUGUCGAUUAGUUUUGACGGGCCAUCUUUUUCAACAUAAGAAAAUUCAAUCAAUUACAGAAAAGUUGGAAAUGAGCACUUAGGAUACUAUAAUAAACAACACAUUCGAUUGGUUGAUUAUUAAGUCCCAUAUUCUCCAGGAGUGAUGAGACCACAAGGGAUUUAUUAGCCUGGAUUUAAUUAUUAAUAGUCACCAAAUGGAUUAGGUUUUACUGGAUAUUAAUAGGAAAGACAGCCUCUCAUAGAAAUAAAUGAUGAUAUUCAAUUGACAAAUGAUCUGGUAAGAUUUUGUGACUAUUUAAUCAGGACAAUAUGUGUGGGAAUUAGUUGUUGUCAAGAAAAGUGCAAAAGAUAUUUGAGCAUGGCAAACCAGAUCAAAGAGAAUUGAUUUUUAAUAAAGUAGAAAGAUCUUGUGUUUAAUUUUCCAAAGACGUUUUUGGGAAUUACUUAAUGUAAAAGAUUUUCGAAAAAGGUAAUUAUAAAUAGUCUAUCACCAUUAAGGAACUCAACAUCAAUAGUAGAGAUUGUUCAACAAGAUAAGACCUCAUGCUUAUGAAUUGUCGAAGAACAAUUUCGGAUGUCGAGUUAUUUAAAAGAUCAUUGAGAUCAUUUCCAACAAUGAGAGUUUCCAAAACUAAUUCAUCGACUCAAUCAGACUCUAAGUGAAAUCAUUGCUCUAUGAUUCCAGUGGCAACUAUGUGAUUCUCAAAUGCUUGGAAGUCUUGCAGAAGGAAAAGAUCGAGUUUUUCUUAUAACCAAUCGAAGACUCAACCUUAUACUUAUGUUCAUCUUAAUAUGGAUGUAAGAUAUUGUUGAAAGCUCUUGAAUUGUUUUCUCCCAUUCAAACUGACAAGAUCAUGACCACUUGUUUGUAACACCAAUUCAAUCUCUGUUAACAAGAGUUCGGAAAUCACAUCCUACAAUUUGCCAUCAAGAAUUCACAUUAUCAGCCACUUGUUGUCAACUUUGUACUCUCAAACUUUGAGAAAUUGUGUAUGAACAAAUAUGCCAGUAAUACAGUCGAAAAGGUUGUGGAAGCUUCUACCAAUGAAGUCAAAUAGCAGGUCAUCUCUAUACUUAUUUCUAAAUCCCAAAUCAAUGGAUAGUAUCAUAAUAUAUUUAUUUAUUAGAAUCAUUUUUGUGAACUUAUCUAUCAAUCCAUUUGGAAAUUAUGUUAUGAAGAAAAUGGUCAUUAUGUCAAAUCAUAAUAUUUUAUAACCUUUGAUAGACAUUUUGAGAUAAGAUUAAUAUCUGAUCACAGCAAUAAGAUCCUCUGACUAUGGCUAAAGAAUCUAUUAGCUAAUCGAAAAGACCUUAUUAAUGUACAAAUCAUGAAUAUAAUUGAGAUUAUGAU